GGAGCGGAGCGGGCGGCACAGGCACCGCGCCCGGCCGGCCCCGCCUCGCUGCGCCGCGCACACGGCUGCUCGCAGCAGGGGCAAGGUGCGGCGGUGGGAGGGGGCGGCGGCGGAGCGGCUUUGUUGGCUCGGAGGGGAGCGGCGCCUCGGCGAGAGCCCACCAUGGUGCAGCAGGCGGAGAGUACGGAGGCGGAGAGCAACCUGCCCCGGGAAGCGAUGGACACCGAAGAGGGCGAGUUCAUGGCUUGCAGCCCCGUCGCUUUAGACGAGAGUGACCCGGACUGGUGCAAAACAGCGUCGGGGCACAUAAAGAGACCGAUGAACGCGUUCAUGGUGUGGUCUAAGAUCGAGCGGAGAAAAAUCAUGGAGCAGUCUCCGGACAUGCACAACGCGGAGAUCUCCAAGCGCCUGGGCAAGCGGUGGAAAAUGCUGAAGGACAGCGAGAAGAUCCCUUUCAUCCGGGAGGCGGAGAGGCUGCGGCUCAAGCACAUGGCCGAUUACCCCGACUACAAGUACCGUCCCAGGAAAAAGCCCAAAAUGGACCCGUCGGCCAAGCCCAACGCCAGCCAAAGUCCCGAGAAAAACGCGCCCGCCAGCAGCGGCGGCAGCAAGAGCGCCAAGAGCUCCAGCAAGAAGUGCAGCAAGCUGAAAUCCUCCUCCGGCUCCUCGCCGCCCAAGCCGGGAGCCAAAACCGCCCACCACGGGGACUACGCGGGAGACGAGUACGUCUUCGGCACCCUGAAAGUGAGCAGUAAGACGGUCAAGUGCGUCUUCAUGGACGAGGAGGAGGAUGAGGACGACGACGAGGACGAGCUGCAGCUGCGGAUCAAGCAGGAGGCGGAGGAGGAGGACGAGGAUGAGGAGCCGGGGCCGCAGCAGCUGCGGCGGUACAACGUGGCCAAAGUGCCGGCCAGCCCCACCUUGAGCUCCUCGGCGGAGUCCACCGAGGGGGCCAGCCUGUACGAGGAGGUGCGGGGCGGCGCCGCGGCGGCGGGCGGCGGCAGCAGACUCUACUACAGCUUCAAGAACAUCACCAAGCAGGGCCCGCCGCAGCCGCAGCAGCCGCCCGGCCUCUCCCCGGCCUCCUCCCGGUCCAUCUCCACCUCGUCGGCCGGCAGCGAGGAGGCGGACGACCUGCUCUUCGACCUCAGCCUCAACUUCUCCCAGCACGGCCACGCCGCCGCCGAGCUGGGGGCGGGCGCCGCCGGCGGCAACCUCUCUCUCUCGCUGGUGGACAAGGACCUGGACUCCUUCAGCGAGGGCAGCCUUGGCUCCCACUUCGAGUUCCCCGACUACUGUACCCCGGAGCUGAGCGAGAUGAUCGCGGGCGACUGGCUGGAAGCGAACUUCUCCGACCUGGUGUUCACGUACUGAGCGGGGGCGGCGGCCAGGGCGGACGGCGAGAGCGGCGGAGCUGCAGCGGCGCGACGCCGGCGAUGAUGAUGAUGAUCAUGAUAAUGAUUAAAAAAUAAGUCUUGUUUUCUUUGAAAAAAAAAAAAUCUCGAAGUUAGUUCCGAGCCCGGGAGUUGUGAUUUUUUUUUAAAUUUUUUUUGUGUUUUUUUUAAUUUUUUUAUGUUUGGUGAUCACAACAACAACAGCAAAGGCAAAUGGGACUGGGGGAAAAAUGAUACAGAAGGCGCUGUUUGAAGCUUGUCGGUCUCUGAUUGAAGUCUGGAAGAUGGUCUGCAAAGAAGUCUUUUGGCAGCACAACUGUUACUCAAGGGGGUUUGUGGAUUUUUAUUUUUUUUCCCGUGAGAGAUCUUAACGAACUGUUAUGAUUUUU